AUGAAUUGCAGUUGUGGGGUAUUUGAAGUAACCGAUCUUCCUUGUAUGCAUGCCAUGACUGUUGCAUGUUACCGGAAUUUGGUUCCCUAUGACUUCUGCUCAAGGUAUUACUCAAUUGAGUCGUGGUUGAAUGCAUAUGCAGAGACAUGUUAUCUUGUUUGUGAUGAAGACGAUUGGGAUAUUCCCGAAAUUAUCAAACAACGCGUGUGCCUAAAACCACCUGUUAAAGUUAAGAAACAGAGGACAAUAACAAAGCGUAGGUCAUCCCAAGUUGAGGUCCGUAAGGUCCGGAGACGAUGCACCUCAUGUGGUGGUCAAGGUCAUAACAUGGAAGCAUUCAAAACAAUGAUGCCUACACCAUCUACUUCCAAAGAAUCAUCAUCUUAG